AUGGAAGGCAGUGCCACCAUACCGAAGACAUGUAUACUAACUGCAACUGUUGUGGAAAGUCAAGAAAAAGAGUUACAACAGACCAAAACAGACCUAGUAAAUGCUUUCUUAAGAACGAAAAGUCAGGUAGGACAUUAUGCUGCAGAUGGAACAUAUGUGCCAGCUGGUGGAACUUAUAUACCACCAAACCCUCCAAGAGAAGCACCUGCACCAGGACUACCUAAAACAUUUACAUCGUCACAUGGACACAGACACAGGCAUGCACCAAAACCAACACAACAACCAACAGUUCAAAAUCCAGCACCACAACAACAACCAAAACCAACAGUUCAAAACCCUGCACAACAACCAACAGUUCAAAACCCUGCACAACAACCAACAGUUCAAAAUCCAGCACCACAACCAAAACCAGCACAACAACCAACAGUUCAAAACCCUGCAAAACAACAACCACAAACAGAGCAAGGACAUAAAAGAAGUAGAGAAAAAGGAAACCAAGAAUUCUUAAAAAUGCUUAAGGAAGAUUAUGGUUACCCAGAUACUCUUGACUUUAGUGACAGAUAUAAAGAAGCUAUUAGAAAGUUCAAGGAAGGAAAUACUGACCCGAACCUAUUUAGCUUUAUGGUUCAGCAUCAAAUCGGAUAUAAUCUCAAACCUGGAAAAUACAAGCUCGCUAAGGGAUAUGAUUUAAUAGCAUAUCAUCCAAAUGACAUGAAUGAAUUUACUCCGAGAUAUUUGAUGUCAGAGCUAAAUGAUAAUUCAACUCUCUUCAUGAAACGCGUAAAAAAUAGAGACGGAACGAAAGAAGAAAGGUUUAUGAGUCCGGAUGACUUAGAUAGGGAACUUGUUAAAAACGGUCUCGGAAUAUAUGAAAUGCCACCAGAUGAGGUACAAGAAACUCAACAGGAAGAAGUUCAGAUACAACCAGACAUGGAAGAAAUAGUUCAGCAACAACAGCUAGAAGAGCCUGAAGGAAACAAACAAGUCCCUCUUUUGGAAACUAACUUCACAGAACUAGAUGAAGAUUUGGAACAGCCGAAAAAUCUUGACCCUCAACAAGUGUAUGCGGAGAAUAUGGAAUCUUUCCAAGAGUCUAAGAAAAAUUCGGCUGACAUAG